ACUGAGCGGUUACUUUAACCAAAAUGAAAGUUUAAACUUGAUGGUUUCAACCUUUUCUGAGUAACUGAUACAAAUACAUGUCUCACCUUGUUGUUGUUUUGAUACUUGUUCUUCUUCACUCAUUAGCUUUCUUCAUCUCUCACUCCACUCAAUUUCCCAACUACCCUUCUUCCUUUACAGCUCAAGAGCCUCUGAAGAAAGGUACUAACAGGCUCUCUAAUCCGUUGAUUGGCGAAGAUGGGAGGGUGUAUAUUUGUAUGGGGAAGAGCUUGCUUGCUUUCGAAAACAAUGGCACCACAGCUUGGACACUGCCUCUUGGUUACUCGUGUAAUCUUGGUAUGGCUCCUGUAAGUGGAGCUUCAUCAACGCUUUAUGUGGUUGCAGAAAAUAGAGUAAUGAAAAUCAAUCUUCGAAAAAUAGGGACUUCUGAAUCUGCUCUAGAGGUAUUCUUUGGUCCUGAAUCUGGUGAAAUCAUUGGACUCUCGGUAAGCACAACAAUCUCUUGCAUAGCCAUCAAUGUCAAGAACAGGGCCUUGUUCGCUUUUAGAUUGCAUGGGAAACCACUUUGGAGCGCAGGCCCUGUUAUAUAUCAAAAUGGCUAUCGUCAAGGAUGCAGAAGAAGUACCACGGACUGUUAUUUUACGUCAGUUCCUGUGAUUGAUCAGUGUGAAGCAAGUAUCUACAUAUCAAAUAAUCAAGGGGAAUUGUAUUCACUCUCUGUCCGCACCCCUCAUUUCAAGUGGAUCCAGGAUUUGAGUUCACUAGACAAGAAUUUUACUGCUACCCCAGGAAACAAUGGUCGUUUAUAUGUCACGCUACCAGCAAGAUCACUCCUGCUGGCUCUACAUGUUUCUACAGGAACUAUUCUAUGGCAAAAACCAAUUGGUCCUUUAAGCAGAAUUGAUUAUAAACCUACUGUUGAUUCGAAUGGCUGGGUUUCUGUUGGUUCAUUGGAUGGGUUUUUGUACUCAUUUUCGCCAACUGGGGACUUGAAAAAAUUUCCUAAGAGAGCUGCAAUGGAUUCGGUCAUCCAAGAUAGUCCAUCCCUUCAUUGCUCUGGUUCUGCAGUUUAUGUAUCUCAGACAGUAGUGGAAGGAAAACUAAGCCACACUAUUGGUGAAUCGACUUACAUAUCAGCAAUGAAACCAACAAAUGUUGUAUUUACUCUUCUGGUUCCAGCGACUGGUUCAAUCUACUGGUCCGAAAGCUAUCCUGGUCCAUCGUCGUCUUUACUAUCUAAGAGUGAUCUGCAACAUUUUGUUUUGGAUGAGAGGGUUCUUCUUGCUUUCCUUUCCGCUUCAGGUGUUGGGAGACCACUUCCAUGCCGCAGCACACGUCAAAAACUUGCGUCGAGCUGCUCCCAGACAAUGCCUAAGCUUUUAAGCAUCUACACAGGUAAUGAGAAAGCAGUCAUGUUGUUUUUGGUUUUCGAAUCUAUAGUUCUGAUCAUUGUGGCAGCUCUUGUACGAUUUUGUUGCAUCUUUUGGGGGAAAAAGAAGCUUCAAGGUCAAGACCUUGGGAAAUUCUUAGAAAAGAGACGUUCUCUGCAGCUCCAAAAGAAAGCAUAUGACAGAACAAUCACAGAGCUUGAGCGAAAAGCUGCAGAGGAAGCAGUGGACAAUGAAGUGCUUGAAAAUUUGGGGCAUAUGGUAAGGGCUAAAGCAGGUAUAGAGAGAAAGCUCUCAACCACCUACAGUCUGGGAAGGGAUAGACCUGGAGUACAGCCAAAAUCUAUUCUUCCAUUAUACAACAGAAGAACAAAGAGCUUCUCUUUUCGCAGCACAAACAAAGAGAAUGCUACUACUGCUACCACACCGAGUGAUUCGUCUUCUGAAGGUUGCAGCAUCUGUGAAAAAGCCAGCAGGAGUCUCUACACAGGACCACCAAAUAAGGGAAAAGCACCAAUGGAGGUAGUAGAUAAUUCUAGUGAUGAUGAAAAUGCCGCCAAGAGUCUCUAUACAGGACCAGCAGACAAGGGAAAAGCACCUGUGGAGGUAGUAGAUAGUUCUAGUGGUGAUGAGAGUUAUGGAGGUGGCCAUGAGAGUGUUUAUACAGACUCGACCCCUGGAUCGAAUUUGUUUAUAAAUCCUUUGUUUAAUGAGCACGCGGUGAAUGAAGAAGCCAGUUUGAAGAUUCAUGAAGAGGGAGAGCCUGCACAGGAAUCUGGUAGUAGGAGCAUAAGAAGGAGAACCUUUUCAUCAAGUGAAUAGAGUUGCAUUGUGCUUUUUUAUUUAUUUAUCUGUGUUGUGGUUCUGAAUGUCUGAUCAUAUAUGCAUUUAUAUAUUACUUC